ACGUAAUUAACGUGCUGUAGCGUGUCUUCCGUCGUUCGUUGACUAUAACUAACGCACGGACAGCCGAGAUUUUCGCAAAUUACGAGGGUAAAACCGUUGUUUAGGGCCAAAAUCGGGAAGGCUAGAGUCGAAAUCAUGUGGGCUGACGAAUGGCGGAAUUGGUUUGUUUAUGAAAUUCUUUGAUUCCUGCGACGAAUUCGACCUAAGCGAUAACCUUCAUCGGCGUGGCCUGCAAAGGGUGGCCCUACUAUUUCCGCGUAACCGACCGUACAAUUUUCUAACCUUGAUCGUUUGUGAAGAAAACUCGAAGAUACGAGUUUCCACGUGAUAAUCCUCAGCUGCGUGGACUAGCUAUUAGACUGAAGGACCUUCGGACGGAGAACGUUGCCUUAAAAGUACCUUGAUAGAUAUUUACAAGAAUUCCUGAAGUCAAUAUGAACAGAAAAACAAACAGUGCAACAGCUAUACUGAAACAGGAUUAUCUGCGUUUGAAAAAGGACCCUGUGCCCUAUGUGCUAGCAGAACCUGUGCCCACAAAUAUACUAGAAUGGCAUUAUGUGGUGAAGGGUCCAGAGAAAACUCCAUAUGAAGGGGGAUUUUAUCAUGGGAAGUUGAUAUUCCCUGUAGAAUAUCCGUUUCAACCACCCAGCAUAUACAUGAAUACUCCAAAUGGCAGAUUUAAGGUCAACAAGAAAUUAUGUCUAUCCAUAUCUGACUUCCAUCCUGACACCUGGAACCCUGCGUGGAAUGUGUCUACUAUCCUCAUUGGAUUGCUUAGUUUUAUGAUCGAGCAAAGUCCAACUUGGGGUAGUAUCAUCACAACAGAUCAUGAGAAGAAACUACUGGCUGUACAAAGUUUGGAGUACAACCUGAUGGACAAGAUGUUCUGUGAACUCUUUCCAGACACUGUCGAGGUGAUAAAAGCAGAACUGAAGCAUAGGAAAGAAUUGGAGAAGCAAGGGAGGCAUCUGUCUAUGACAUCGGAAGUUUCAUAUUUAAUACAGGACCAGUUGCAAAGAGAACAGAGCACCCUGCACAGAGUGCUCACCAAUGUCUUCGUGAUUGUAGGCUUUGUGGUGUUCGCUUUUGUAGUAAAAUAUGUACUAAGGGGCAUCACCAUGGAAUAAGUUCGAAAUGUACAGAAAACAUUUGCUUGUUCUCUAAAUUAUCCGAGAACGAAGAAAGUUGUGAUAACAAUGCAUGCAGAUCUUGGGGAACUUUAUGUUCUAAACUGGAGAGAUGUAGGGUUCUAGAAUCUGACAAUGCCUGCUUAUUUAUAUUUAUCUACACAGUACCGUACAACCUCUCGGUUCCGUGUAUAUCAGCAUGCUGUGGGUGUUUGAUAGAUAUUUAUAUACGAAGGUUAACUGUAAAAUACGAGUUGUACUAUAUUCGCAAAUUUUAAACGUGAUAACACACCGAGUCAAAAGAUAACACGCCGAGUCAAGGUUUAAAAAUUCAUUACUGUUAAAGGCGUAGUGUCUUAAGUUCUGACGUAUCCGUUGGGAAUUUAACACUAUCUAAAAGUUGAGAGACCAUUUGACAGCGAGUCGAGUUCUGCCAUGUAAACUUCCAAAGCUGUAGCUCUUUGCUAAAGAGUAAUUAGCGGAUACUUGGUAAAUUAUGUGCAACUGUGUAGCGAGAAAGCGAGAGAAAGAGUGAGAGUGAGAAAAGUGAAUAGGAAGAUCGUAGAGGCUUCCCAUUUGAUCGAUCGAUUUUCAAUUCUGUUCAUGUACUUAUUACGGAUCUUGUCACGAGACCGUAUACCGUAACCUUAAACGCGAAAAGGUUCGCACAAAACCUAUUGCCGUGCCAAUGAAAUUCAAUCGAAGUUUUUCUUUUGCGUCAGAGAACAACACCGUUCUUGGGAAUACAUAUGAUAAGUUAGUGAAAAAUGACAAACGUAAAACUUACCCCGAGUAGCCGCUAACCUUAGCAACCAAUUUCGGAUCCGGAACAGGAUUCGGGACACUGUCACUUCGAAACUAAUAUCGGUUCUUCCACCAUGCGAUUCCAUAAACAAUUUGAACACAAAUAUCCUGAUUUCAACUGGUCACUAUUGUUAAGAACUGAAGUAGAAUCUCUAAGCCGAUGUACACCGUGCGUACGUUAUACGAAACUGCCUCACGUUUAUUUACGAAUUAAACGAUCGACAACUUCCGUACACAAAGAAAACUGUUUACUUCUCUUUUUUAUAGUUAAAUAGCUAUUGUAUAGUUCUUCUAGCUCUCUAUACAUUGUAUAUUUUCUACUAAUCAAUCUCUUUUUCCUUCGACUUUUGAACGAUGCUCCGUUUACGUCGUUUGAUUUCCCGCGCGCAAGCUUGCGCGCCAUUUCCUCGGUUCUCCGUUCGAAUUCGAACGGAGCAUCAUUUUUGUAAAACGAUAACUACGCAGUUCGUUUCGGUGGAUCGUAGUGGUUGUGCACGUCUAAUCGUCUUCGUAUUUUUUUUUAUUGCCGCGUGUAUAACGGUGAAAUUCGUUUGUUUCACUGUGAGAAUAUGUAAAUACGACGCGUACCGCGUAAUGAACAGUGCGAGAUACACAAACGCUGAGAACACUCGAAUGCUUGUGUGGGCAAUCUCGCGCGCGGCCGCGCGGGAAUUUCAAACUGCGACCUUUCGUUCCGAAAUUCUUUCUAAUAGCGAAACGACAAAAGUCAAUAGAAGAGAAGCGUAGCGUUCUUAUGAUAAAUAAAUCUGACGUUUCACGAGUUUUCUAUCGAAAUUAUGUACUUCGCUUCCGAAAAACGUUGCUCGAUCUUACAUCGGCGAAAGCAACGGCACCGUGUGAACACGAGAUACCAAAUAUUAUUGUAAACGAUAUCUUUCGUUUUGUAUAUAGUAUUUAACGAUUGGUGAACCAUGUAUGUACCGUCAGUGAUGGGUAAAAAAAACGGCGAGAGAGAGAGAGAGAGAGAGAGAGAUAUUUAAAAUACUAUUUGAGAUAGUUGAUUCUGUACAGUUUAGGCAGAAUAGUAUUUUAAGUAGCAGAGUUUCAGCAAAUAGAAAGUUUCAAGCAUUUUUAACCCGUAGCUGACGUAAUGAUUUUCAUAGAAACGACUGGUAUUCUCUGGUCACGACAGACCCCGAUAAAAUCUCCAUUGAUAUUUUAUUCUUAGUUAGUGUACAAAACCGAUCGUGACAUGGAAAAUUUACUAGAAAACGAGAGGCUGGGAUUGCUCGUGACCCAGGUUUACCGGUUAGGGGUUGAAUGAAAAAUAAAUGAAAGAAUAAAAUAUUUUAGAUCAAAAUUGCUACGGACUUUUGGAAACAACGUUUUACCCAUCGCUGCGUGCGACCGCUGCGAGCAGAGUUGUGCAGAAUCACAAUUAAAUUACGAACUAAAAUUAAAUUACAGAUUGUAAUUACAAAGUAAUGACGAAGGUUAAUUACGAAUCGAAUUAAGGUUACGAAUGAAAAAAAUAAUAAAUUAAUAAGAGGAAAUGUCGAGAAAGUGUUGUUGUUCGUUGAAUUCGCGUAACAGAUUUGGAACGGACUUUCCUGGCAACCUAAUCGUCGAAAUACGAUAUGUAAUUCGAUCGCGAAAUUGAAUGCAAUGUAAUCGAAUUGGCGCAACUCUGCCGUUGGAGCACUGAGAUCCAUGCGACCUUGAGUGCCCUCAAAGAACUCACCUUCGAAUGCAACGUAAAUUCGUGGCCGUUCCGAUUGCGUUUCACGGCGACAGGGAUCGAGGAACGAUUCGCCGUUUAUCGAUCGGGAAAAAGAAGGGAAAAGGGAGCCGGCGGUUUACCGCAACGGUAAACAGUUAGAAUUUCCUUUGAAUGGCCCCUUGUCCGAGUGCGCUCGGGAGGAAGGACGCAUCCUGUGGAGCCGCCUUUAGCUUUCUUACCGGUUCUCUGUUUACUUGUUCGUGGCACCGUGCUCGUCGCGAUUGCCCCGAUCUUUUUCUCCACUGAAACCGAACAAAGAGCAUCUGUACCGCCGUUACCACACUUCCGAGCGAUCCUCGUCGAUUAAUUUUCGUAAUUCACGCUCCAGACAAUUGUUGUCGCUGGCCGAGAAUCGACGCGCAAAUUCCCCGGGCGAAAUUGACGGCCGCCCGAAAACGACCGAGAUUCGUCACAUGGAGUCACGGAGGCCUCGCGAGAGAGACUUAGGCGAACGCGCUGGUUACAUUCUUCGCGAAUCGAGCCUUCUUUGUACCCCUUUUUUUACCUACUUGCGUACACCACACCGGCGACAAUUAGGUAACGGAAUUUCACCGGCCGAGAAAUUUCCGGCGAAAGGUGUCGACCGAAAAGAAAAUAAAACCAAUGAGAAAGCUUG